AAGCAAUCUACUCCAGUUCCGAGUGUACGAUAUUCGGUGUGACCAUGUUAAUCUCGGAGGAUAAUCUGUCUAUUGGAGCGAUUACACACAUCGAGACGACUUCGUUUUUCCCCAUUGCACAGUAUAAUCCAGCAAAAACCCAAAAUCGAGAGGCGUCCACUACGCGCAAUAAAAGCCCAAAAGGCUCUAAAAUGGUGUUGGAUGUGUUGGCGAAGCUGGGAAGUUCUUAGAAAUGGCGGGGAACUAAAGCAGCAUUUGGCGCCAAAGGAACUUCAUUUUUUUUAAUAUUUGAUAGGAUUGAUUAUUCGUUCAAUUUGGGAAAACGAAAAGGAAGUGAAAUCGUUCCGGCAAUGGCUUCUUCACCGCCUUCAAAGCGAAGACGGAAAGGGCAAACCGUGGUUGGAGAAUCACCGUCAAAAUCAACGUCGACCCAAGAAAAAUCAUCCCCUGUGGUAGUCUUUGCACAUGGCGCUGGUGCUCCUUCCUCUUCUGAUUGGAUGAUCAGGUGGAAAGAGUUGUUGAAGAAGGCGUUGAAUGCUGUUGAAGUAGUGACAUUUGAUUACCCUUAUAUGUCUGGGGGAAGAAGAAAGGUUCCACCCAAGGCAGAAAAAUUGGUAGAUUUCCACUCAGGUGUUGUUAAAGAUGCAGUUUCCAAAUAUACUGGGCAUCCUCUGAUUUUGGCUGGCAAAUCAAUGGGUUCAAGCUGCAUGGUGGCUGCCCAGGAAGACAUUGAUGCAUCAUUAAUUGUUUGCCUAGGAUACCCACUUAAGGGGAUGAACGGAGCAGUAAGAGAUGAAACUUUACUUCGACUUAAAGUUCCUGUGAUGUUUGUGCAGGGUACCAAAGAUGGUUUAUGUCCAUUGGAAAAACUAGGUGUACAGAAGAAAAUGAAGGCAAUGAGUGGGUUGCAUGAGAUUGAAGGUGGCGAUCACUCCUUCAAGAUUUCAAAGAAGCACCUCCAAACUAAUGGAUCCACCCAAGAGGAAGCCGAAGAUGCUGCCGUUCAAGCCAUCGCUUCAUUCUUCACCCGCUCUCUCAGAUGAAGCCGAAUCCUUCUGCUGCUUUCUAAGUUACUUUUUAAAACCUUUAGCCUGCAAGUCCCAGGGUUAGGUUCAAACGCUCCCUUUUCCCCUUGGCCGUGUACAAUUUUAGCAAAGCCAUGGAGCAAGCCCUACUCUUUCACAUCUACUGUAUGUAAUUGAUGUGUAAUUUUAAA